CAGCGCGGGGGCGCCGUGGGGCGGGUCUGCCAGUCCCCGGAGGCGGCAGGGGCGUGCCCGUGUGGGCGGGUCCGGAGCUGGGCCGGGCCCCGGGGCGGAAACGACCAGGCCUGGCGACAGCGGCGGCCGGGACAGCCGGGUAGCGGCGCGGCGCGGGCAGGAUCGCGGCUGCGGCUGGCGGGCUCCGUUUCAGGGACGCGCAGGGCCGGCUGGACCGCCUGCCCCGCGGGCUCCGGAAGCCGAGCCUUCGGCCCCCGCCCGGCGGCUCCACGGGCUCCGCGAUGAAGCCGGCAGCGCCUGGCCGCGCCCUCCUGUGCGCCCUCGGCCUGGCCCUCUGCCUGAGCUGCGCGCACGGGCUCCCGAGGAGCAGUGGCAGCCAGGAGUGGAAGAAGCUGAUUAUGGUCCACCACUGGCCUGCGACCGUGUGUAAGAGAGCUGAAGAUGGCUGCAGAGAGCCCCCGGACUACUGGACGAUCCACGGGCUGUGGGCUGACAAAGCGGACAUGUGUAAUCGGUCGUGGCCCUUUAAGUUGGACGAGAUUAAGGACCUCAUGCCGGACAUGAAGAUGUACUGGCCCGACGUGCUCCACCCGUCUCCCAACAGCAGCUACUUAUGGAAGCACGAGUGGGAGAAGCACGGGACCUGCGUGGCGCAGCUGGAAGCCCUCAGCUCCGAGAGGAAGUACUUCGGGAAGGCCCUGGACCUGUACCGGGGGCUGGCGCUCAACAGCAUGCUCCAGAAGCUGGGGGUCCUCCCGUCCGGGGGCAAUUACUACCAGGUGUCAGACAUCAAAGACGCCCUCGCCGGCCUGUACGGAGUCGCGCCCAAGAUCCAGUGUCUCCCGCCGGAGCAGGGCGAGGAGGUGCAGCUGCUGGGGCAGAUCGAGCUGUGCUUCACCAAGGACCUGCAGCUGCGGAACUGCACGGAGCCCGGGGAGCCGGCGGGCGGGGCGUGGGGCGCCGGCCUCGCCCAGGACCUGGAGGUGUGCAAGGACGGCCCCGUCUUCUACCCGCCGCCCCCCUAGCCCGGCCCUGAGGCGCGUCUGGGCCUGGGGCGUCCGAGUGGUGAGAGGACCCACAGGCUGCUGUCCAAAGGCAGCGGAACCGCGUGGCUGCCGUGGCUGCCGUGGCCCCCGCGCCGUGGCUCAGCCUGUUCCGUUUUGCUUUUCACUCCACGGGUGGAUGGAUUCCGCAUCCCUGAAUAAAGCCGUUCUCUCUCUC